AUGUCUUCAAACCUAAAAUAAUCUUCUUAAGCUAAGACUUUAUUAAACAGAAUUUCCCCUCUCUUAAAAAUCGUCCACUAUUAAUAUAAUAAAACACAGGCGCUUAAUCUUGCCUUUAGUGUUCAGAUUCAUGCAACACCUGCUUUAAUACUAGCGAAUCUGCAUGUAUUACUUGUGGUGAUGACCUAUUUAAGAGCUCUAAUAUAGUUCUACUUUGUACAAAAAUGUUCAAAAAAUGAAUUUUUAAAUGAAAAUUUUGAAUGUGUGAAAUGCUAAAUCUAUGGAUGUGUUAAAUGUGAUGCAAACUAAAUAUGUGAUCAAUGCGACUAAAACUUUAAGUUGGAUAAAGCUAAUAAUCAGUGCGUUUUAAUGAAUAAGGUUUGUCCAAUUUUAACAAACUUUUUAUUGGGACCAUCAUAACUCAAAUAAUGCAAUAAUGAAUGUCUAUUAAGUUUUUAUUAGAACAUGGAAGCACAAAUUUUAACUGUAAAAUGUAUUUAAAUUGAAGAAAGCUAAAAACUUUAUUUCAGUUAGAGGAUUAUAUAAAUAAAACCAAUUAACGAGGAUCAAUAUUUAGUUGUAGGAAAUGCUUGCACUUUUGCUCUAUUAGAUAAUAACUGGAAGGUGAUUAACAUAUAAAUCCUUUAAAAUAUAACAGACUAUGAUUAAAUACAUACAUACGAUGGAGAUGAAAUUACUAAAGAAAGUUUUGUUAUUGGAAAUUAAGUAGGAUGUCUUGCAGCGCUUCUAAGAAAAAAAUCAAAAAUUUCUACUGAAAACUCUUUUACACAUACAACAUAAUUUACCCCACUUAUUUUUAUGUGA